AGUUCGUUGUCGGGGCCAUGGGGCCUCCUGAGGAGGUGCAGGAGCGGCUGGCUCGGUGCGGGCAGAGUCACCUCCUGCAUUUCUGGCCCGAGCUGGGCCCGGCGGAGCGCGGGGAGCUGCUGGCGGCGCUGACGCCGGGUUUGGGCGAACACUGCCGGCUGGCAGCGGCCGCCGGGGCCCGGGAGCGGGACCCGCCGGAGCGCCUGGACGGGCGGAUGGAGCCGCUCCCCACCCGGCUGCUGGGCAGCGCCCGCCGCAGCGACCCGGCAGCGCUGAAGCGUUGGGAGGCGGAAGGCUUGUACCAGAUCUCACAGAACAAGGUGGCAGUGCUGCUCCUGGCUGGAGGACAAGGAACUCGCCUGGGAGUGAGCUACCCCAAGGGCAUGUACAACGUGGGGCUGCCCAGUGGCAAGACCUUGUAUCAGAUCCAGGCAGAAAGAAUCCGCAAAGUGGAGCAGCUGGCUGGCCAGAGACACCUCUGUAGGUGCACCAUCCCCUGGUACAUCAUGACAAGUGAGUUCACUCUGGGGCCCACAGAGGAGUUCUUUGUCCAACAUGACUACUUCAACCUGGACAGAUCCAACGUGGUCAUGUUUGAACAGAGGAUGCUGCCUGCUGUCACCUUUGAUGGGAAGGCCAUCUUGGAGGAGAGAGGGAAAAUUGCUAUGGCUCCAGAUGGCAAUGGUGGCUUAUACCGAGCUCUGGUGGAUAAUAAGAUCUUGGAUGACAUGAAGCGGCGUGGAAUCCAGUAUGUCCACGUAUACUGUGUGGACAAUAUCCUUGUGAAAAUGGCAGAUCCAGUCUUCAUAGGUUUCUGUGUUUCCAGAGGGGCAGAUUGUGGUGCAAAGGUGGUGGAGAAGUCCUAUCCCACGGAGCCAGUUGGGGUGGUGUGCUGUGUGGAUGGCCUCUACCAGGUGGUGGAGUACAGUGAGAUCAGCCUGGAGACAGCUCAGCAGCAAAGCCCCGAGGGGGGACUGCUGUACAGCACUGGCAAUAUCUGCAACCAUUUCUUCACAGUUGAGUUCCUGGAGAUGGUGGCCCAGAAAUAUGAGCCGCAGCUGAGGCAUCACGUAGCCAUAAAAAAGGUGCCCUACAUCGACGAGGAGGGAAAUCUGGUAAAACCGCUAAAACCAAACGGGAUAAAGCUGGAGAAGUUUGUGUUUGAUGUGUUCCAGUUCUCUAAGAAUUUUGUGGCAUUUGAAGUUUUGAGAGAAGAAGAGUUCUCACCACUAAAAAAUGCAGACACAGCUGACAGAGACACUCCUACCACUGCUCGACAAGCCCUCCUGGCCCAGCAUUACCGCUGGGCACUCAAGUCUGGGGCCAGAUUUCUGGAUGCAAAUGGUUGCAGGAUACCAGAGAAACUCAGUCUCUCAGGAACUGAAGAUCCUCCGGCUGUGUGUGAGAUUUCUCCAUUAGUGUCUUACUUUGGUGAGGGGCUGGAGGAGUACAUGAAGAACAAAGACUUCCUUUCUCCCUUUGUACUCGAUGAAAACAAAGCAGAUGUGCUAAGAAAUUCUUGAAGAGGAGGAAGGACUUUCCCUCUCAAGUCAGAGAUCUGUCUGUCAGAUUCAUUAUAGAAACUGACAUUGCUAAAUUGUCAGAUAUGAAGUUCAUUAUUGAAAGAAAAAUUGCUUUGCAGUUUUGAAUCAACACCAAAUCCUUGCAGCAGUUGUGUUUACACACAUGGACACGUCCACCAGUUCUAUUUGGUAACUUGGAUGGCUCUGCCUUUUACCUCAGUCUGUUUUGUAGACUUGGAUGUGAAUUAAGAUUAAUACCUUCUGGGUGCCAAAGAGAUUUUAUAUUGCUUAUUUGCUUUGCAUAUGAAUAUGUAAAAGAGGCAGUCAGGGCCUAAUAAAUCAGCUUUGCAUUCAUGAAGAUUAAAUCUCUUCAGUG